GGCUCUUCACCAUUCAUUUCCCACGGAUCUUUCUUUGGAGACGGUCAACUGACAAAGGCCAUCUCCAACUAACUAUUGCCUUCACCCCGACAUAGAAUAAAAGUAUAAGCACGUUUACCUCCACCAUGUCCCUCCGAAAACGGCGUCAGGAAGAAGAGGAGGAAGAAGAUGAUCAGGAGCCAGACUGGGAUAGACACAGUUUAUCUUGGCCAUCACCAUUCGUAUUUCCCUUUGGUUCUCCUUCUAUUGUUCUGAACCAAAAAGCACCCGUGGUGGUCUCCCUGGUACUCCCCUGGGAAGUAUUGAGACAAAGCAAUAAUGACAAUGGCAACAAGGAACAGUCGCUUCGCUAUCGCAAAGUCAUUCCACCGGAUGAAUCGGUAGAAGAGUUUCUCCACAAUUUCUUGCUGGAACAAAGUCCUUCGGAGUGUUGGCGAGCGUUUCACCAGCGCCAUGCUCCCGACUGUACCAAGUUUGCCAUUCGAACGGGACCCAACUACAGUUUCCUCGUCUCGACAGAACAAGUCGCCAUGAAACGUAGCAAAAAGCAAAAACCCAGAAUCUUUCAUGUUUGUGUCGCCGCCACAUCUCAACCAAACGCCAUUUGGGCGGCUCCAGAUACCAUGGUGGAUUUGUUGCCAGAGGAAAUGGAAGAAAUUACCCUCUUGGUCAAAAAUCAACGGUAUCCAGAGCCAUUCGAUUUGGAUUAUGACAAGCUACCCUGUAUUCAUAUCCCACCACCCGAUCGGAUACAAGGCCGGGUAGUUUCCGUAUCCAACCAUAAUGGCAAGGAUGUGGCAAAACGGAAACUAGACAACGCUAGCAACAACAAGGAGGAACAAGAGCCGAAGAAACAAUCUGCAGCAUCCAAAGCACAGCAGCAGGAACAACAAAAAUCGCCAGAACAACCCAAGAAGACUCUGUCUCGACGCGAACGACGAGAGUUAUGGGAAGAGGAGCAAAAACAAAAACAAGGCAAAAGCCCCAAGACGUCGGAUGAUCUAGGAAAGAAGCCCACACCUACUAGUAAAACAGCAACAAAGACCAAGAAAAAAGCCAAAGAAGACGAUGAAAAGGAGAGCAGAGCCAAAGAAGUUUCCUCCAUAUCCAACCACACGAACAUUUCGUUGGAGUCUCUCAAGCCUGUAUUCAAGGAAGUGAAACCAAAGAAGCGGAAAGCAGCCGAAGAGGAGGAUGACGCCGAGAAUACGACAAACCAACCGCCUUCCAAACGAACCAAGCUAGACAAACCUACCAAAGAAAAAGUACAAAUUUCCAAGGAGGACAAAAAGGAUGGACGUACAAAGAAGGACCCAAAGAAAAAGGAGACGGCUGAACAGAAGAACAAGGCAGAGAAGGAAUCCAAGAAGGAUCGAACAGACCCAGAGGAUGAAACAGAGAAGACACGAAUGGAACCGAAGGAUAAGGAACUCGGAAAGAGGAAGAAAGAGAAGGGCAAUCAAGAAAAAGACAAGAAGGAUGACAAUCCCACGGACAAGAAAAGUCCGGAGCCUAAGAACACAGAAAAGCACAAACCAGCGGAUUCAAUCCCAAUAACUCAGGAGGAUCCCGAGGAAGAAGAGUCUGAUGCAAUUGCCGAAAGCAGCAACAAACACGUCGAGAAAAGUGGUGUUCAAGAGGAAGAAGAGGACACCAAGAAACCUGUUUCAAAACAAAGCGAAUCGCUACAACCCACCACUGACGUUUCGGAGACACCCGCCAAGAAGCGGAGACGAGAUAAGGAGGAUUCUCCCGGCCCUCCUGUUUCUGUAAUCGAGGUUCCACUGCAGCAUGAGGACGAAUUCACUACUGACGAGCAUUGGAUAUCAACCACUACUGACGUCAACAACGACAAACCACCGGUGCAACCCCAGCGGGCCGGAGCUUCUUCCGACUCCAAGGAGUGUUCCACGGCGCCGUCAAAUGCAGCACCUGCCAAAGAAUCGACCAGAAAAACGGAAGCAAAAGAGAAGACGCACCAGGAGAAAGGUGAUGAUGACGCUGCAAGUGCAAAGUCCAGCAGCAGCAGUAGUAGCAACAGCACUUCGACAUCGAGUGACGGCUCGGGAAGCAGCAGCAGAAGUGGCUCGGGAAAGAAAAAGAACGGCAAGAAAAUAAAAGAAGGUCCCGUAAAAGGUAAAAAGGAUGCCUCGACAAAGAAUAAUGAUCGCAAGAGUGUGAACGAUGCCACCAAGGGCGUCGCUGAAGUCGCUGCAGCGUCAAAAGAUGACCACCAAAACAACUUGAACCGUGCACCCCCAAGCAGUACCACAUCUCCCUCUGCAAGUUCCAAAGAUCGCCAGAAAUUGGGAGCAGACCCCCAAAACAGGACCACUGAUGCUUCUGCAUCAUUAAAAGAUCGUAAGAACUCGGCUGACUCAGCAGCUUCGAAGGAACAACAGAGCGCGGAAGAAUCCCGCACAAGAAAGACCACUGCUGCUUUGGGGAGUUCCACUGAUCGCAACAAGACCAUGGAGGCCCCUGCGCAAAACAAGAAUGCGUCCUCAGAGGGUGGCAACAACAUAUCGAAAAAGACCCCCUCCUCGCCUAAAAAGCAUGUGGAUGCAAGCAGGAGCAGGAGGGAACGUUUAGAUGAAAUGAGCGCCUCUUCAUCGACGGCGGUGUCGAGUGUGAAGGGUCCCAGGGACUUGAAAGAAUUGGAAUUGUCAGAAGAAGCCAACAACAGCAUGGGCGAGGAUGCCGUGAAGACAAAGAGCAAAAAGACAGGCAAGCCCAUCGAAACUGGAAAGACCGACACAAGGGACAAGUCUGACAAGGACAAGCAAGACAGCACCAAUGAUCGGAAUUUGCAGCGCAAGAGAUCCCACUCGAAUGUAUCUAGUGGCUCUAGCACCCGUAUGGGCACUGCAGGCAAGAGUGAUUCUUCGUCAUCGUCAUCAUCAUCGACUACGGAUAGCGAAGACGAAAGCGAUAGUGGCGAGCCCAAGAAGAAAAGGAACCCACCGUCACCGGCUAAGAUAUCUCAAUCCUCGGUCGAGUCCGAACACUUGAAGGAAGUUGUUGAUUCGAAGAAGGCAGUAGCACCCAAACAGUCCAAGAAGAAAUCAGAUGACAAUCAUCAGGCUGAGGACAAAGGAGGUGCGACGGACCUGAAGAAAUCCAAUUCUCAGGCCAAGGACGAUAAAGGUGCAACCGACACGAGUAAAUCCAAGCCAGAUCCGAAGAGCGCGUUGAAUAGGAAGGACAAAGAUAAGGGCACGUCGCAGAAGGAGACGAAGACUGGUAGCAGCAAGGAGUCCAAACCCGUAGCAGAAGAGUCCAAGAAAGUCGGCCCUCCGAAAGCCAAGAAAGGAUCCGUAAGAGAAGAAAAGGAAGGUGUCGGCGGCGACCCCGAAGAUGAUGAUGACGACGACUCUUCGUCGGACGAAAGCAGCUCUAGUGGCAGCUCUUCGUCGUCCUCGUCCAGCAGCAGCUCUUCGUCCAGCAGCAGCAGCUCGGACGACGAUUCCUCUUCCAGUAGUAGCUCGGACGAUGAUUCCUCCUCGGAGGACGAAAAGAAAGCCAAGCAACCUGUUCGACGAAUGACUACGCAGCACGUAACACCCAACCCGCAAUCAUCCCAGCAAAGUGCGACUCCUCGUCGGAAGAGGCCACUUUACGAUCCGACCAAAGAUCCUAUUAUUUUCCCAUGGGAUGCGCUCAAAAAGGCAAAGGUGUGAUGAUGGAGAAGAGUGAACGCAAUCCCUGGCUGGUUGCUCUAUGAGAGGUAUGCGUGUCGAUGGUUGCUAAGAUAGCUAUGUACGCACGGUAGCCUAUGGGGCAUUAGUUAAAGACUCUGAAACAAUCCAAUGUAGCCAUCGACUCAUUGCAAGGCCCCGUAAAGGAAACCGAUAGUUAGCUAGCUUGGAACGGUUAUAAUAGUCUAGCUAGUAGCCUUUUUGUCUGU